AGGGAAGUCCAUUCCAUCACACAAAGACGAGUACAGCAGUCCUGGGAUGUGGCAGAGCAAAACCUACCUGAGACGCUCCUCCGGGGCAAAGUUGAGAUAGUCUUCACCUGUGGAAACCAUGAGACGCAAGUCACGGGGCAUCGGGUCGAUCGCAGCGCCGAGAACUUUGAGGGUUUUGAACUUGUGCGUCUGCAUCCUCGUCACGAUCCACGUGCUCGUGUCCUGGUCGUUCCUUCGACGUGCCGUGCCGUCUGGUGGGGUCGAGCUGGGGGAGGAAGCGAUAUCUUUCGACUGGAGGGAAGUGCUCCCAGAGCUCCAGCCCGUGUGGGAUCAGUUCAGAACAUGCUCGGAAGGGCUGCGAGCUGCGGUACACAUGCAGCAUCAGCGAAGUCGAGAAGAUGAAGGAUGGGUAAGAAGAGCCUCUCCUCCUGCUCGCUCGUUCUACUCAGCUAUCUCAGAUGGCAAUGCGUCGAUGAAGGACAGAAGCAUCUCGAUCCUACCGGGUGUUCGAGACAGAGGGGAGAGGACAUGGGCCAGUUUCAUCUCCACGGGACAAGCCUCCCACCACAUCCUCGGCUCUAGCGGCACUCAUUUUGCCACUACACACCACUUGGGCUCAAUCUCCUACCGUAAGAACGGGACUCCCUGCUCGCGCAAGCUAAAGGAGCUAGUGUCUUCCACUUUGAAGCAUGGAGGCCUGCAGUACACGGACGCCGACGACUCCUUCCGUGGGCUAUACUGGUAUCCCCCCAAUGGCUUCACCGAGUGGCACACGGAUGGGGGGCAAGUCGAAGGAUGGAGGCUCUACCUGACGGAUGUGGAAGAGGAGAACCAGUCAGGAUUCGUAUACCAGGCCAAGGACGGCGUAAGGCGAGUGGGGGACAGAAAGUUUCAGGCGAAUAUGUUUCGAUUGGCGGUUUACUCGACCAACACGACGAGAUUCAGCAUGGGGAUUGCGAUUUCUCACGGUCUGGCCAUGAAGAUAGUGAGACAACUCAACAAGCUUCCAUCAAGAUGA